CAAACUUUCCAUUUUGGCGCCACGUUGGCACACGGCAGCGCAUGCUGGCGUGUGCCGGGCACGUGCCACAUGGACAUGACAUAUUCCCGGCUUUCCAUCCGCUAAUCUACGGAAUCGUCCCGAUGAUAUGAAGGAUAAAGGCGGCUCGGGACCGCCACCUCGGUACCGUAGUGGCCACGUCGGACUAUAGUUGAGAAUCCCCGCCGUGGACCAAAUAUUUAAGACCUUUGCUUGUUAGUAAUUUAGUAGCGCGCCCACACUUCCUCGAUUUUUUCUUUCCCAUCGCGUCGCGUCGCGCCAUGGUCGACGAAGAAGACAUGGCGCUCGCAUCGCCAAACGGAGGACGAGCAGCAACAGCCAGAUUGCCAAUCGCCCUGGCGGUUCUUCUGCCCAGCGCCUACCGAUUCGCGCAGCGCUUCGCUCCAGUCAUCCCCUACGAAGUUCGUUACAUGAUCCACAACAAAGGGAUCACCAAUCAAGAGAUAAGCACCAGGAUCCUGCCAGUGGGAGUGUAUUCGCGAUCUCUCUUCAUCUUCCUCGCGGCUCCGGCCUGUUCCUUGUUCUCGUAUCAUGGCACUCUCAUGCUUGCUUCUCUAGCGGUCUUUGUGGAGUACUCGCUGCUGCUAUGGGGAGAUUCGAUUCUUUGGCUACAGUUGAUGCAGCUCUUUCGAUCAAUGGCUGCCGGCAUCGAAGUUGUCUUCCCGGCAUAUCUGUUCUUGCUUGUGCCCGAGAACAAGUUCCAGAUUAUGACCAGCAGCACGGAAGCAGCGUCGAGUAUCGCGCACUUUGGUGCUUCCGAGCUCGGCCAAGCGUUGAUUCACGAGGGGAUCUCCAUUGACGUGCUUCUCUACAUAUCCAUGUCAAUGGUUGCUCUCUCCGUGUUGAUUUGCCUCGUCCUGCCCAGAGACCCGCAGAGCUCUCAGUGCUCAGACUGCUCAGCAGCGCCCAGGAAAUCCAAAAGGCCACCAAUUCUCGAGCUACUAUCGAUCUGUCGCCUCAAGGGCCUUGCGACCGUCGUCAGGGAGACCUGGGAAAAUCCAUUCGUGCAACUUCUGUCAAUUUGGUGGGCUUUUGAUGUCGCGGGAUACGCCAUGGCUUCCACAUACAUGCUCAACCUGUUUGAAGCGAUCGACUCUACCUCCAUCUACAGCGGUCACGUCAUGGCGGCCACUGAGAUCACAAACUUCAUAGCCGCAUUGUGCGCCAUUCCACUUUCGGUGCUCGUUGCCAGGGACGCCGGCAUUGCCUACUACACCGCUGGUUCCGUGCUGAUUGGAGUUCUUCUCCUAUCAAUGCCGUAUACCGCUACUCUUUGGGUCGCGUAUCCUGGGUUCAUUAUCAUCGUGGGGAUUAACAGGAUUCUCGUCUGCAUCGUUCACGUCCAGUGCGCGAGAUUUCUGGCGAACAAGGAGUACGUUCUUCUCUUCAGCCUCAACACGCUCGCUGGUCGCAUUCUCCAAUCUGUUUUCCAGUUUGUCAUUGUGAUGGUUGCGCCAACAAUUUUCACGCAAUAUUAUAUACUGGGCAGCUCUUUUCUGGCGAUGGCUGCCGCUUUCUUCCUAUUGUCCCUGUACAAAACGAGGAACCUCAAGGAUUCAGCAGACCCGUACUAUCAAACACUACCUGGGGAGGACGUUUUAGCUUGACUUUUAGUCUGUGUACAGGAAUACUCGCAAGUUUUUGUACAUGUAACACAAGAAGAGGCAGCAGUUAGUUGCAAGAAUAAUCUGUUCUAGCGUAGCGUUUGUAAGACCACAAUCAGUAUUUUCUA